GUGAACUGAAGCCACACUACCAUCAUGGGCAAGAUCAUCUUCUACGAGGAAAGGAACUUCCAGGGUCGCAACUAUGAGUGCAUGAGUGACUGCUCCGAUAUUUCUUCAUACCUGAGCCGCGUUGGUUCCAUUAGGGUGGAAAGCAGUUGUUUCAUGAUUUAUGAACGCAGUGGCUUCAUGGGCAACCAGUUCUUCCUGAGGAGGGGAGAGUACCAUGAUAUCCAGCGCCUGAUGAGCAUGGGCAUGAUGUUCGACAAUUUCAGAUCCUGUCGCAUGAUUCCUCCAUACAGAGGAUCUUUCAGAAUGAGGAUCUAUGAGAGGGAUAAUUUCGGAGGCCAGAUGUACGAGCUGAUGGAUGACUGUGACAACAUCAUGGACAGUUUCCGUAUGUCCGACUGCCAGUCCUGUCACGUGAUGGAGGGUCACUGGCUCAUGUAUGAGCAGCCCCACUACAGAGGCAGAAUGAUUUACUUCAGGCCUGGAGAGUACAGGAGCUUCAGGGAUAUGGGAUACAGCAACAUGAGAUUCAUGAGCAUGAGGCGUAUCUCCGACAUGUGCUAAACCUCUAGAAUAUAAAAAUAAAUGAAGUGUUAUUUUAAGA